AUGCCUUUAUUUUUUCUUCCAGCAUAUGGCAGCAAUGGUUAUAAUGGCUAUGGAGCUCAACCCAUGGGAGGCUACACUGGUGGUUAUGGCAGUGCUGGUUUGGGUCUGGGACCUCGAUAUGGAAAUGGGGGGAUGAAGGGACCAAAGCAAGGUUAUGGAUACCCAAGUGGUGGAGCCACCAAGCCAGAAAAACCAGGGUACGGAAAUGUUCCAAAUAGGUAUGGAGCCAAACCCAAUGGAUAUGGAGCCAUCAAAGGAGGUGCAGUGAGACCUCAACCAGCUAAUGGAAAAGGAGCUGUUCCUACUGCACAUGGAACCAAACCCAAUGGUUAUGGAGCUGCACCUGGUACUGGAGCUGGUCUUCCCAAAGGCCAUGGAACCAAACCAAAUGGUCAUGCAGUUAGAAAUGGUGCUGCACUCGGCGGAUAUGGAGGAUACAGAGGGACAAGCAAAGACUCAAAACCUCAAUUUACCAAAGGAGUUGGAGCAGUAUCACCCAGUGAAGGAACUGAAACACUUGGAACUGGCUACGGUAUGAUGCCAAACGGGAAGAGUGCAAAAGCUGUAGGUGCGUUCAAUGGAAAGGGCCUAAAAGGUCAAGUUCUCUCCCCUGAGCAGCCAAGUGCAGCACCAGAGCAGGGUGUUACACCUCAACAAGCGACAACUCAAGGUGCAGCACCGGUUGCCCCUGAGCCAACAAGUGGUAUCCUCGUUAUGGUGACACAUGAGAAAUAUCACAAGCUGCCUUCGCCCGUGCCACAAACAACAAGCUACAAGCAGACACCACUAAUCCCUCAGGCUAUACCAGAACCAGCACCAGCAGCCCCUGAAGAACCAAACCCUGCACCUGAGCCCACACCUGAACCAGCCCAAAUUAACCCAGCACCAGAGCCGGCAGCAGUUCUGCCUCAAGGCAAGUGCCCUAAACGUGAAUCUGUAUUGUACUUCUGCAGCAGGAAAAAAGAUUAGGGUGUUAGUGUUUUUAGACAAACCUAUAAAGUAACUUAAAGUAAGAAUAGGAACUUAGGUUGUUUCACCUUGUCCUCUACAACAAAAUCAAAUGGUAAGACACUCUUGAAUUGACAAUACUUUAGUUGAUUGCCCCCCUAAAGAAGCGCCCUGUAGAUAAUCUGCUUUGUUAGAUAGAGCUGUAGAAUGUAUUUAUGUUUUAUUAAACAAGUAGGUUCUAUGAGUUUAAUCAUAGAAGAGAGGAAUUUCACACAGCACUUUGUGUUAUAAUGUGGAAAAAAAAUUGCAGUGCAGCUGUUGAAAUAUUUUGUGUCUGGCCAGUCAGCAUGUUGCCCACUGACCAUCCAGUCAGAGGAAGUCAAACUGUCCAAUCAGAAAGGUUCUGUGAAAUCUGCAACAUGGAGUGUUGAGUAAUGAGAAUAACUAAUGCGUCUUUGUAUUUGUAUUUGUAGUCCGUGGUUUGUCUGUAUACAUACAAUAUGUACUUGUACUAAAAUGUUGAGUCUGAGAGAAAAUGUCAUUUAAUUUGGAGGCCCUUCAUGUUGUUUUUCUAUGUGUUGUUACUGUGUGGUGACAUUAGCAGUAGUGAUUUGCAAAAUAAUAUGUGUAUAGUAAAUAUUGACGAAUUGUGUGGCCUCCAGGUUAUAUGACUGGAAGUGCUGUGCCUGAGCAAAAAGGUGCAGAGGCAGAUGUUCCUUUUGAGGUAGACAGUACCAGUGAAGGGGAUGUAGCCCCCGAAAGCACCAAACCCCUUACAACCAAAACUGGUCCUGAAAUAGCGGCAGCUAAAAGCACAGGGAGCAUCACCCCUGAAGAAGCACUAGCUGUGGGUGUGUCUGAGAUUGCACCAGAGGAAGCAAACAUCAAAAGUCAACCUGAGGCAGGACCUGACAGACUCGGGGUCAAAGGCCUCCCUGCAGGAGAAACUGGAGCAACUGGUAAACUAAAUCUUGAUCAGGGUGUGUCUAGUGUUGUGUUGCAUGUAUAAAUGAUGACUCAAGCCUGUGUUUGUCCUAACUAUGUGUUGCAGAAUUGUGAACAUGAUGAUUAUGUAUCUUACACUGCAGGAUUUUUGUUUUUAAUGGCUAGGAUUCAGUCUAAUUCACCCACAAAAUGUUGACGAUCUAAAUAACUUCUGAAUAUCAGUAUUUACAGACUGUCUUUAAUUUCGCAGAUAUAAUGCACAGAAGUAUUAUCUUGAGAGUGAAUCCUAGCCGGUGCUCAUGGUUAUAUUUCUUUUGAUGUUUCUGUAAUUACAGUUUUGUUUCUGAGUUGCAUGUUUUCUUCAGUUAUCUUGGAAAUUUGCCAAUAGUUUGUGUCCACAUGGGUUGUUAAAACCUUCACCCAACUUUGUCAUGUUUUAAAUGUCACUUUUAAAGAAACAUUUUGGGAAAUGACCUUUUUGCCAAGAGUUAGAUAGAUUUUACUGCUCUCACCUUAGAAACAAGGGGAAACACUUUGCCAGGCCUGUAAAACCAAAACUUGUCCUUUUUACAACUUGAAAAAUUACUAUAGAUGAAACAAAUGAAAUGCAACGU